UGACUGCAAGACGUCCCAGAGGAUCCAGUCGAUGCACCAAUACAAAAAUACCCUUCGAGUGGACGUAAACAUUAUAUCACAACAGUAACGAACGAAGGAAAGAGAUACCGAUAACUGGGUGCCAAGAAGACAGCUGCUCCUCUUUUCCAAAAGGACGAGGCGCACAACGUCUUUGGAACAACUGCUGUUGCAUGCAGUCAUCUGCAGAGGUUACUGUAUGAAGCUUUUAAGGCCUUUUUGAAUGAUCAGCCACUCGAUGGGGAUUUACCGAGGAGCUCUCACCUGUGUCGCCUCCUGCCCUCCGCCCCGCCGCCUGCCCUCCCUCUUCUGCACCUCCUCCACACACAUCAUGAAACUGGUAUUAACUGAAUGGCAAUUGAUAUGGAUUUUUACUGAUUCCAGUAGACUGUGAAGCAACAAAAACACAAAAAGGGAGGAAAAGCCAUAUCUCAUUUUCACACGUCCUUCUUUACACCAAAUAAACCUGCCUGUGGGGUGCUGUUCUAGGCUGCCUGCACAGGCCCUCCCUGAAAACAACACCUCUCUGGAAAACACGAGGAAUGUAUCGUACGCUUUGAGAGAUUCUUCUUCCUACCUGAUCACCUCGUUUGAGGACAUCGACGGCAGAGGGAGCUAUACUUUGAGGACCAGCUCUCACACCAGGCGUCACCAAGCCACCAGUGUGAGCAUACAGAUUCUUUUUUACAUUUAAAAAAAAUAUAUAUAUUGUUUUUCUCUGGAGCCUGAAGUGCUGUGCGUUUGGCUGUGUGCAUGCCGAAGAAGAAGAAAAUGGCUCCCCAGAACUCUGAGGCGGAUGCUAUGCAAGUGCAGGGGGUGAUGGUGGUCCCUACUGCUAAGAAAACCACCACAGACUCUGCUGCCACAGGGGAUAGAGAAGGAGGAGGAGGAGGUGUGGUGCUGGAGUCAUGCCAGGAGGAGUCGGUGAGCGAGGGGUCUAUAGACCGGAUCCCCCUGCAGCAGUGGGUGAUGCACGGAGCCGUCAUGUUCGGACGAGAGUUCUGCUACGCCAUGGAAACGGCCUUGGUUACGCCUGUACUGCUGCAAAUAGGUCUUCCAGAACAGUAUUACAGUCUGACGUGGUUCCUGAGCCCCAUUCUGGGUCUGAUCUUCACACCUCUGAUUGGCUCAGCCAGCGAUCGCUGCACCCUGAAAUGGGGCCGGCGACGCCCUUUCAUCCUGGCCCUGUGUGUGGGGGUGUUGUUUGGAGUAGCACUCUUCCUCAACGGGUCACUCAUUGGACUUGCCGUCGGCGACGUGCCAAAUAACCAGCCCAUAGGGAUUGUUCUGACGGUGCUCGGUGUAGUAGUGCUGGACUUCAGUGCAGACGCAACAGAGGGUCCCAUAAGGGCCUACCUACUAGACGUGGCAGACACUGAAGAACAAGACAUGGCCCUCAACAUCCACGCCUUCUCCUCUGGUUGUGGGGGAGCAGUGGGCUACGCACUAGGCGGUCUGGACUGGACCCACACAUUCCUGGGCUCAAUCUUCAAGUCCCAGGAGCAGAUCCUCUUCUUCUUUGCCGCCAUCUUGUUCACUAUCUCUGUGGCGCUGCAUCUGUUCAGCAUUGAAGAGCAGCGGUACAGCCCCCAGCAGGAUCGGCUGGACGAGGAGGCCGACGCCGCUUCUUCCACGGCCCACAAGGACAACUGCUCCCCAGGGAAGCUUCAUGGCCACAACACCCCCCACAUGGAGCUCAUCGGAGAGGACGACAUCUACGACCCUUGUGAUCGUUACGACCGUUAUGAGUUCUACAGGGAUGGUGAUGGGGAAGAGGAUGGGCGCUCAUUGCACGACAUGGACAUGGACUUCCUGGAUGUGGAGAUGGUGAGGUCCAAGUCGGACUCAGUGCUGCAAAUGGCCGACGCCACACUGGAUCACCUGGACCACGACGCUCUGUCCCUGCUUCACAUCGAGCCCUCCAUCUUUGCUGACCGCCUGUCGUCCUACCACGGCUCUCCACCACGCCGCAGCAGCAGCACAGGCAGCCAGGACCUCCUCAAAACCUCCAAAAAGAUCUGCCGGCUGUCCCAGUUCCUGCAGGAGCAGGACCGCGACGGGGAAGAGGCGCUUCUCAACAACCAGCUCAACGAGCAGAAGACGCCAAACGGCCGGGCGCAUGCCAACGGCUUGGGCCAGGGCGCCAACGGGCAUGCCCACAUGGUCAUGAAGAACUCGGCCAGCACAAACGCUUCCAUGCGGCACCGCCGACACAUCUUCUACCGCCAGCCGUCCUGCACCUUCUCCUACUACGGCCGCGUGGGCUCCCACCGCUACCGCUACCGGCGAGCCAACGCCGCGCUGCUCAUCAAGCCCUCGCGCAGCUUGAACGACAUAUACGAGGUGCAGCGGAGACAGAAGAGGAGACAGCAGAACCCCAGAGCGCGACACCAGUCAGGCAACACCAACUCCAGCGGGGACACAGAGAGUGAGGAGGGGGAGACGGAGACCACGGUCAGGCUGCUGUGGCUGUCCAUGCUGAAGAUGCCUCCAGAGCUGAUGAGGCUCUGUGUCUGUCAUCUCCUCACCUGGUUCUCCAUCAUCGCUGAGGCCGUCUUCUACACUGACUUCAUGGGCCAGGUCAUCUAUCACGGCGACCCCACGGCUCCCGCUAACUCCACGGAACUGCAGAACUACCACAAAGGAGUUCAGAUGGGCUGCUGGGGGCUGGUCAUCUAUGCCUUGACCGCUGCCUCCUGCUCAGCCUUACUGCAGAAGUACCUGGACAACUUUGACCUGAGCAUCAAGGUUAUCUACAUCCUGGGUACGCUGGGCUUCUCCAUCGGUACGGCCGUCAUGGCCAUCUUCCCCAACGUCUAUGUCUCCAUGGUGAUGAUCAGCAGCAUGGGCAUCAUCUCCAUGAGCAUCUCCUACUGCCCUUAUGCCCUACUGGGACAAUACCAUGAGAUGAAAGAGUACAUCCACCACAGCCCAGGGAACUCCAAGCGGGGCUUCGGCAUCGACUGUGCCAUCCUGUCAUGCCAGGUGUACAUCUCCCAGAUCCUAGUGGCAUCGGCACUGGGCGCGGCGGUGGACGCCACAGGUAGCGUGCGGGUCAUCCCUAUGGUGGCGUCCGGCGGCUCCUUCCUGGGUUUCCUCACCGCCUGGUUCCUGGUCAUCUACCCGAGCCACGGCGAUGCGGAGGCCAAGGGUGAGCAGAAAGCUUUAACAGGGCCCUCCUCUGAUAACAGCGGCACAGAGAAACCCAGUGUUCUAAAACUGACCAAGAAAGGCGCCGCCACCACUACUACGUGUAAAGUGGAGUGCGAAUCCACUCUGUGAUGGAGGGGGUUACUGUUACCAUAGCGAUGCAAACGACAUCAACAAAAAAUAUAAAUUACAACUGACAUUCCCUUUUCCGCCACCGAAGACUGUGCUCCAUGGCAUGGGCUUGACCGACCUGCUCUUUCUCUGGGACACAUGGGCCAGGAUGUUUUAAAGUUUCAUUUGUACUUUUCAUUUAAUAUGUGUUGCGGUCUCAGGACUGUGGUGUGGCGAGGAGAGGACAAUCAUCUCUCCCUCUCAGGGCCACCAGGAGCCGCCAUCAAGGCGGUCCGACUGGAUAGGACAGAUCAGGGGACAAUGGAUACACACAUGACUGACCGUCGUUCACACGCUGAACUGGGAUCUCUCAAAAAGACAUGCACUUCACUCUUGCACUUCCAUUCAUGGGUCAAGACAAAAAUAGUUUAAGAGAUAUUUUAUUCUUCUAAUAAGUGAAUCAUUUGAAAAUACUGAAAAUUGCUCUUCCUUUUGAUUGAAAAUUUUAUUUAGUUUAUUUUACUCUAUAUAUUUUUGACAUGAUAUUGCAGAAGGACAUUGUAAUCACCAAAUGUGGCCAGGCCCGGUAUAAUUUACAGGGUUGAUGUUUUACUUUUUGGACUUUAAAGGUUUUUAGUGGCUUUAAGAGGAAACAGCACAGGUAUAAGGAGGAGAUUUCUUCUUCUUCAGGAGAGCAUCUCCAAAGUCAGGAGCGAAAGAAGGCAUUGUUUGGUAAAUAGUUCUCUUAUUUAUUUUAUUUUAGCACAUACUAAGUUGUCACAUACUAAGACCAGUUACACUAUAUCUACACAUAGAUAUCUUUAUCCUCUUUAGUAAUUUAUACUAAGGAUCCUAUUUUCCACCUUUCAGUAUAAAUCCUUCUGAGAUCACGUCCUCAAGGGCAUUACCAUUGACGGAGAACAGAAACACUUUAAGAAAAUGCUCAAGAGAAAGAAUCUCAGUGCUGCGUUGGAGUUACGAAGGAGUGCAUACCAAACAAAGGAGAGAAGCUGAGGAGCGCUUUUCUGUCUCAGUGAGAAGAAACAGAUUUUGCGCUUAUUUUCCCUUACUACUACUUAUUUUCCCUUACUACUACUUAUUUUCCCUUACUACUACUUAUUCUCCCUUACUACUACUUAUUUUCCCUUACUACUACUUAUUUUCCCUUACUACUACUUAUUUUUCUUUCUCUUGUUUCAAAAGCAAUGUUAAUGGAUUGUGUCACUCGCUGCACAAUUUCAGCUGUUGUCCUUUUUUUGAGGAUGUUACUAAAACUAGCUAGAUGUUUGUCAAAUGUGGGAGUGCGGUUAGAUGGAGGGUUGGGGGAGGAGCCCCUAGGCAGAACUUAAACUGUGCAGGAAUUGAAGUUGGUUCUUUUCCUACCACAUAGGUCUUCUAUUUUCAGUUUCUAACUGAUUGAAAACGAAGUAAUGGGUCUUAAAAGAAGAGUAAUAUCCUCUCACUUUUGUAGUCUGUUUACAUUUUAGAAACCUGGUUGCUGCAUGGUUUGGGCCAUGUGGCGAGUUGUGCUGUGCUCGGAAGCAGCCCAAGCUAAAUGCUAACCCGCCAUGUUGGCUCUGCAUGGCCUACAUACAGUGCAUAGGGAAAGUAUUCAGACCCCUUCAAUUUUUCCACAUUUUGUUACGUUACAGCCUUAUUCUAAAAUUGAUAUAAAUUGAAUUUUUUCCUUAUCAAUCUAAAUAAAAUACCCCAUAAUGACAAAGCCGAAAACCAGUUUAGGCAUUUUUGAAAAUGUAUAAAAAAACAAAAACAGAAAUACCUUAUUUACAUAAGUAUUCAGACCCUUUGCUAUGAAACUCAAAAUUGAGCUCCAGUGCAUCCUGUUUCCAUUGCUCAUCCUUGAGAUGUUUCUACAACUUGAUUGGAGUUAACCUGUGGUAAUUUCAAUUGAUUGGACAUAAUUUGAAAGGCACAAACUUGUCUAUAUAAUAUAUAUAAGGGUACCAAAAUAUGUCUGCAGCAUUGAAGGUCCCCAAGAACACAGUGGCCUCCAUCACUCUUAAAAUGGAAGGAGUCUGUAACCACCAAGACUCUUCCCAGAGCUGGUCGCCCGGCCAAACUUAGCAAUUGGGGGAGAAGGGCAGUGACCCUAUGGUCAUUCUGACAGAGUUCCUCUGUGGAGAUGGGAGAACCUUCCAGAAGUUCAACCAUCUCUGCAGCACUCCACCAAUCAGGCCUUUAUGGUAGAGUGGCCAGAUGGAAGCCACUCUUCACUAAAAGGCACAUGACAGCCUGCUUGGAGUUUGCUAAAAGGCACUUAAAGGAUUCUCAGGCCAUGAGAAACAAGAUUCUCUGGUCUGAUGAAACCAAGAUUGACUUCUUUGGCCUGAAUGCCAAAUCUCACGCCUGGUGGAAGCCUGGCACCAUCCCUACAGUGAAGAAUUAUGGUUGCAGCAUUAUGCUGUGGGGAUGUUUUUUAGAGGCAGGUACUGCGAGAAGAGUCAGGAUCGAGGGAAAGAUGAGCGGAGCAAAGUACAGCGAGAUCCUUGAUGAAAAUCUGCUCAAGAGCACUCAGGACCUCAGACUGGGGCGAAGGUUCACCUUCCAACAGGACAACGACCCUAAGCACACAGCCAAGACAAUGCAGGAGUGGAUGUGGGACAAGUCUCUGAAUGUCCUUAAGUAGCCAGAGCCCGGACUUGAACCCGAUUGAACAUCCCCGGAGAGACCUGAAAAUAGCUGUGCAGCAACGCUUCCAAUCCAACCUGACAGAGCUUGAGAGGACCUGUAGAGAAGAAUGGGAGAAACUCCUAAAAUACAGGUGUGCCAAGCUUGUAGCGUCAUACACAAGAAGACUUGAGGCUGUAAUCGCUAUCAAAGGUGCUUCAACAAAGUACUGAGUAGAAGUUCUGAAUACUUAUGUAAACGUGAUAUUUCCAGGGGGGGUUUAUACAUUUGCAAAAAUGCUUUGUCAUUGUUGGGUAUUGUGUGUAGAUUGAUGAGUGUAACAACAAAAUGUAGAAAAGGUCAAGGGGUCAGAAUACUUUCCAAAUGCACUGUUUACCCUGAGCUGGAAUGGGGGCUCAGUUUAAUUCUUGUAUAGAAGACAUGGUGGGCUGAGGGUGGAAGCAAGUGGAGGAAGUAGAGCUCCACUGUAAAACUCAUUGGGGUUAAAUGUCCAGCUGGUGUGUCUGUUGCGUUGAGCGUAUAUGCUGGUUUUGGCUUUACAGGUCCAUGUGUCUCUGCUGUGACAGGUCCCAGGAGGUUUAACCAGAGCCUUCUUAGGGCUCUCUAGAGCUGGGACGACCCCAAAACUAUCCAGGUUGGCUGUGUUUCUACAGGAAUACUUACCGUAUACGAGAUAUGGCUUCCUUCUACUACAUGUUUAUUAUAUUAAACAGUUAGAGUACAUCACUCUGUCGUCUCUUGUUUAGGGUACAUGUUAAUCCAUAGAGGUAGAUUUGUGCAAGUGUAAUUUAACCUUUAUUAAUAAGUGAUAAACUGAAAAACAAUAAGCUGACAUCUUUUCAGUGUCGAGGAGAUUUAUACCAAACUUGAAGUGAAAACAAACGGAGCAUCAAGUUUUUUGACAAAUCUGUCAAUCGUUGCAAUAAUGUUUUCUGCCUCAGUAAGCAAGGGUGGAAGUGUUAAGACUGGGGUCAGGUGAACUUUUAGACUGCCUGGGUGGAUGUAGCCUAUGUGUAUCAUAGUUAUAUGAAAAAGAAAAACAACAACCAUGUACUUGUGACUAAAGAAGCAUAGUAUUGGUUUGGUUUUUAAGAGAACCACACCUUGUUGAAUACUUGAAGUGCAACUUGAGUGUUUCUAAGAUACAAGGAAGUGUAUGAACGUUUUCCUGAACCUCUUGCUGUUGACUCUGGAAUGUUAAGAUAGUGGCCUACAUUGAAAGGCCUGCUGAGAGUUGGAGUUUCCUUGAUUCCAUCAGGUGACAAUGAAAAAGUAAUGAAUGUAAAAUCUUUGUUGUUUUGUGAUGGGUAGAGGGUCUGACAUUGCACAGAACUUGCACAUACAAAGUUUGAAGAAAAAAAAGAAUAAUCUUGCAAAAGAAAAAAAAUCUAAACUGUGGAUAUUUAUUUUUAGAUAUUUUCUUGUUAAAUGGACACUUUCACUUUAUUUAAAGAUAUACAAAUAAAGAGAGAGAUAUUUACAGUUGUAACAAAUGCAAGAGAGGCAUGUUACAGUAAUCAGAGGACUGGAAUGUGUUUGAAACACAUGAGUGUGUGCGAAUGAGUGUGUGUGUGUGCGUGUUAGAUUUCAAUCUCACCUCAGUUUUUCCUGUUCCUACGUCUCCACAAUCAUCUGGUUUACAAUUCACUCUACUUUCAAAGCUUGAGGUCGCGCUGCAUUACCAACAUUUAAUUGUACAUAUUUUUACACAGAAAUAUCUUUGAAUACGUAUAGGCCUAGUUCUUAAGAUCAAUUUCCCUGUUGUUGCUUUUGAUUGGAAAAUGCUAUUAUUCAUCUCUCAUUAUGUUAAAGAUACCUUUUAUAAGAUCAUCUGAUUUUAGGACAAUGUGAGUUGCAUAUAUGUAUUUUUUUCUGUUAAUGAAAUUAAUCAUGGAUGUUACUUUAAAGAUGUAGUAAUGGGGAAAACAGAGUAUUUGCAGUGUACUAUAUACCUUGUCAUGAAAGUUGUAAAUAUUAUUUUAGUUUAUUUUGCUGCUAUAAAAAAGCUGAUUAUUUGUAUUAGUUUUUUUAAGUACUAUAUACGUUGUGUAAAUAUGCUUGAGCCUUCAUAUGUAGAAGUAUGGAAGAACACUGUAUUGAAUGCACCUUUAAAAAAACUCUUAAUA